CACUGAGCACGCGUGGUCGCGUUACCCAUUUCCCAGCCGUGACGCGCCCAGCCUCACCACCUACUUACAUACCUACUUACUACCUACCUAACUACUCACCACUUAUCACUUACCACUCAGUGCCAGUCCGUGUUCUCCUCGAUUGUUUCACCCAUCUUUAUAACUGUUACACAGUGCAGAGUACAUAAACCCAGAAGCCUCAUUUCCAUCACUCACACCCACACCCGACACUGACACUCCGCACACUGUCCCCCUCCAACUACACCCACAACCACAACCACAAACAAUCCAAUAAUGGGUUUCAAGCGCAAGCGAUCUACCCUCGACGACUCGCCUCUCUCCAUGUCCAGCUUUGCCUCUUUGAACACUCCCGAGGCACAAUCCCCGACCCCCAUCCCACAUGCCCUCCAUUCAAUCAUGGACAUCGACCCGCAAUCUCAACCCUAUACCGAUCCCGCCGCGCGAUUCGGUCCUGUCAAAGACUGGUUUGCGCAUGCCCAAAGAGUCAAGGCCUCAGAUCUAGGCUGUCGGACGCGCAAAAGGUUCCGCGACAAUAGACCAGACGAGCGCACCAUCCACGAAAUAACUAUGAAUAAACUCUUCUGCGCGCAACGAAACCUUCCCAAUGCUUCCCCCAUUCCAUCCUUGCCACAAUACCCAGGUGUCGAGACCCAAUCUGUUCCUGUUCAAAAGUCGACGCUUCAUUCCUUUUGGAAGAUAUCUGCUCCCCCGGUACAGCCGACCCAAUCACCCCCAGUACACGUCCAGCAGCACCACGAGGCAACACUACAGGCAUGGGACACUCCGCGAUGUGAAGAUUGCGACUCUGUCCUCCAAGCAGCAGACGGCAUGAGCGUUGACAUAGACAUGGAUUCAGAUGCUCACGGAUGCCAAUUUGCAUGCAAUGAGUGCGGUCGCAAAAUCUGCGCAUCCUGUGCUGUCGUCUCCAAUCAUAGGCACUGUCUGCAGUGCGCCACAGCAGGCAGAGAAGGACGAUGGUGAUGAUAACAAAUAACACCAUGGUCUUGGUACAUGUUCUUUUGAGUAAUCGAUUGUAAUCUCUACGUCUUUUUAAUUGGAUACCCAGCAUUUCAGCGUUCAAGGCCAGAUUGUACCUUGGCAGCGUCUGGUUUAUUAGGGAUUUGGGGACGAUGAGCACCCACACACCUUGGGGCAAACGGGUCGUUCAUUGCACCAAAAAAAGAUAAAGUGGACGAACUAGCCCUGAAUACAACUAUCUGCAAGAAUCGCAUUGCCCUUUGUCGUCCUUGAAAGCUCCAUAGCCUGCACCAUUACUCACAUUCGUUCCGAGCACAUACACUGGCGCUUUCCAUGCACGCAGUUCUUCGUUGUGCUGAAUGUACCUGCAUUUGCCCACUCAUCUACCUGUACGCCGUAGACGAUUGUAUAACGUGGUGCUAUCUCGUCCAACUCCUGGUGU